AUGAGGAUCCACCGCGCGAGAUGUUGCGUUUCGGAGACCUUCGAAGGCCCUGAGGUUACGGGGUACCCCGGGGCAAAGUGUGUGGCACAGGACGGCCCCCGAUCGCUCUCGACUCGACUUAAACUUCACCUCCGUUUUCCUUCUGUCCUCACUCUCUCCCCCCUUCCCACCCCAAUUGCUCACGAUCAGGUGAUCGUGAGGGUGCGGCCGCCAGCAGGUCCUGAGCUGACGGGGUACCCCGGGGGGAAGUGUGUGGCUCAGGACGGCCCCAAGUCGCUGUUCCUGGUGAACCCGGACAGGGCGGGCGCGGCGGAGCAGUUUACAUUCGACCACGUGGCAGGGGAGAGCGCAUCGCAGGAGGACUUGUUUGAGCUGGCAGGGAGGCCCAUAGUCGAGAACUGUCUUGCUGGAUACAACAGCACCAUGUUCGCGUAUGGCCAGACGGGCAGCGGGAAGACCUACACCAUGUUUGGAGCUGACGUGGACAAGGCUGACGUGGACAGAUUGCGAGGGGAUAACGCUGACGUGGAAGUGGGGUCGAGCCCACCUGCAGCACGGGCCUUCCAGCUUGUUUUCGCUCUGAUGCAGCAGCUGCUCUUUUAUUCUGCCCGCGCCUUACCCGUGCUGCCCGUUUCACUCCCUUCUUCCCACCCCACCCCUCUUCUCCUCCCCCCCCUUUUUUCCCUCCCUUCCUUCUCGCCCCAUCCGUCCGUCUUGCCAGGGGAAGCAGCAGAGGGCGGGCGAGCGUCUCACGUUCAUCUGCACCUGCUCGUUCCUGGAAAUCUAGAACGAGCACUUCUACGACCUGCUGGACCCCAAGCGCUGUAA